AUGUGUUGUCUCGCUCUUGAUUUAAAAGUAUUUUUUUAUUCACUACCUACAUUCAACAAUUAUCAUUCUUUACAUUAUACUUACUCUUCCUCUCUCUCUCUCUCUCUCUCUCUCUCUCUCUCUCUCUUUCCAUUAUUUUCUCUUCAUCUUUCUGCUCAUUGUCUAUUUUUUUCUUUCACUUCCCAUUAUCUCCAUCCCAUCUGUUUUUUCUCUCUGAAUAUUCUGCCUUUUUCCCUCUCCUUUCGGAUUUCAUAUUUUUCUUCAUCUCUCUAUCUCUCUCUUCUCAUUUUCUCUUUCCCUUCUAUCUGUUGCUACCUUCAUAUUCUUUGCUUCUUCUUACUCUCUUUCUCACUUCCCAAUUUCUCUCUCUUUCUGUUUUCUUUUUCGUUUCUUUCUCGACUUCUAUUCCUUUUUUCUCUUUCACUCCAUCUUUUCCCCCUUUCCAUUUUCUUCCUCUCUCUCUAUUCGCAUUUAUUCCCCCCUCUCUCUCUCUCUCCCUCUCUCUCUCUUUUACUAUAUUAUUUUUCUCCUCUUGCAUCUAUUUUCGCUUUUUCUUCUCCCUCUCUCUCUGUCUGUCAAUGCCAUUCAUAUUUUCUCUUGUCAAGUGAUUUUGGAAAAUCUUUCUUUAUUUCUUACAGAGUUCUUUUCUCUUCAAUCCUUCAUUCUUACAUCUUUGAUGGAAUUCCUUUGUUCCCCUUUCCUUAA